UAUCAUACUCCUGCUUUGAAAGUGACGUGAUCACAGCACACAUUUCAUUCCAUGAGGAGUUGGGGGAAAUCCCAUGAGAAGUGCUUAAACUGAAGAAUUUAAUCAGUGAACAACAGAAGCUCUUCGAACCUUCUCUGUGGAUUAUUUCUCUCUUAAUGAGACUUAACACUUUAUGAGAUACUGGAAGUCUUUGAAAAGUGAAAGAUGAUCGAUGUUAAAAUCUGCACUUUGUGCUUCCUCAUACUGGGUGCCUUCAUCAUGGGGAUAGAUUCAGCGAGUUGCUGUCUAAAGUACACUCAACGGCAAAUACGUUGUAAAAUUCUGAAACGCUACAACAUCCAAGACAUCACUCGCAGCUGUGACAUCCCAGCUAUAAUCUUUUACACGGAGAAUGGAAAAUCAGUUUGCGCUGAUCCAGACCAACUUUGGGUGCAAAGGAGAGUCGAAUGCCUAGACUUUAAAGCAGCAAUGGUCAAGACUGACAGCAAGAGAACACAAAAAUGAAGCCUGCAAACAUCUUUAAUCUCUUUACUGUUUAUCAAUAAAGAGUACGCUAUUUAUACUCUUUAUUUGUAUGUAUAUUUACACUUAUUUUUUCAGAAUAUUUUUUGUGGGUAAAACUAAAUUUUUUCACGACUAAUUAAAAUACUAAAAACAUUUAGACUUUACUAUAUUUUUAUAAAUAAAAUAUAAAUGAUUAAUAUCUAUAUUAUCUAUAUAUACAGG